GUCCGACUUAGCACAAAUUAAGGGCUCCAAAGGCCAAUUUCAUAGUGCAAAUCAGGCUGGCUCGGCGGACUGACAUAACGGGGAGUGUCCGUGGGCCUGCGUUUACUGACUUCAGCAAGCUCUGUUACAUCCCUAAAUGGGUCACAACGAAACGGAUAAGUAUUUGUCAAGGCACAUUGAUGGCACAACAAGGACAUUUGUGGGUACCAGAGGCACUAUUUCACUUUAUCGGCAAUAUCUCACUUUAUCCGUUGCGGAACAUCGCCGCCCGAUUGAUGCCUCCGGCCGCUGACAGCCCGGUUAUGCGUCGGUUACCGGUAGCCGAAAAGAACAAUCGAACUAGGCCUCAUCUACAACUCAGAUGAACAUUGUUCAACCACGUUCCACCUGUCCGCAUCAUAUGUGUCUCCAUGUUCGCGCUCAAAUGGGCGUGUGGAAUCUGUCAAGAGACGCUACUUCGCUGUCCAUCACUGAUGAAGAUUGCCCUCAACUAACACGGUUCAGCAUGAUGGUGCACGCUCUCUGGCAACAAGAGAGGAUAAUCAUUGGGUGUCGACAUGGCGGCCUGCAUUCUUCAGCAUGGCGCACGCUUAUGCGUCGGGACUACAUAUCACGUUGAUAUGGACGCAUAUGUACCUGAGGACUGCAGCCUUUCUCUCGACACACCCCUGUUCCUCAUAACCUCCCUUCAACACUGCAAUGUCUAUUUCCGAAAUCACAAACCUCUCCACCAGAAAUGCGAGGGAGAACUCGAGCUGGAGCUUAUCGCUCUUCAUUGGGAUCGCCAUCGCCAUCCUCGUUGCGCUCGUUCUGCUUGGAGUCAGCUUCAUGAUGUGGAGAAGACAUGUGUACGCAGAACUGCAAGCGCUGCACAAUGCGGAAGAUGGACGGCAUCUCCUGCGGGUGUCCCUCGACGCGGAGCUGCCUGCGAUCAAAACAACACCGCCGACACCCUGGAAUAUUGAGAACUAUGACCUGAAAGGAGUCGAAAAAGCGCGUUUGCUCAGUGAACGACCUCGAAGGCACUCUCUUACUCUUGUCAAGUCGACGAAAGAGGCUGCUCCUGCUCCGAUAUCUCCAUCGCCUCAGAUCCAAACACUCUUUCUGGCUCGAAUGCCUGUCCUCCAGAAACGGCCGACGAUAGGGUCGCUGGCAGGCUCUGAAAUCGGCCAUUCAUUCAACGACGCACAUUCGUUCGUGACAAUACACCCCGAGGAGGUGAUGGAGGUGCGCGACGAACUGUCGAAACACUUCGUUCUGGCCCCGAGCGACAAGGAGCCGAGGAGGCUCCUCUCGCAUCAACGGUCGGCUUCUUGGAGCGGACGAUCUCGAGUGUUCGACGCUUAUUUGUAACGAGCAUCUUUAUCGCAUAUACAAAUCUACAUAGCAUGCUCCCAGCCAAUAUCACCAAGACAUAUCAUACCAACCCACUGCCGGCCAUCCGAACGGUGUCUCCAACCACGCGCAGAAUCGCCAUCAAGAGCUGCCGGAUCCAGCCUGCGCUUGUAUUGGUCACGUGUGCUGCUACGAGCCUCCGGCGGACGGCCUCUGCAUUGCCGGCCGCAGGCUCAAUACUUUUGGUGCGCCGGCGUCGGACGAGCAGAGGCACGGCAAACAGGAGGAGAAACGUGACGAGUGAUGCGAGCGACAGCUUGGCUCGCGGUGUUAAGUACGGCGCUAGUGUCGCGCGGAUCAGCUCGUAUCCCGAAAGCGGCGGAGUUCGUUCCGUGGGCGCUCCCGGGGUGUACAGUCGCGGCAGCGACGCCGAGUGCUGCGGCGGCGAGGUCGCUCGGACAGCCGCAGGCCGUGCUCGAGGGGUGGCCGUGCUGUCAGAUAUGGUCGAAGGAGUGCGCCUUGUCAAAUUCGAUCUCGGUCGCGGCGUUGAUGGCAAGACGGUGUGGGCCGAUGCAGUCGAGGAGAGCGAUGACGACGAGGAGGAAUUAGAGGGAGUUGGAGAGUGAGGUCUCGGGGCCGCUUUCGGCGGUGGCAGCCUCGCUGCGAUUGCUUGAGCGUAGGAAGUUUCGAGUGUGGCUUGGAUGUUCUGCAAACAUUAGGCAGGCAGGUCGCCCGUUACGAUUCGACGGCUCACCUUUCUCACAUCUGGAGCCAACUCGCUCUCGUAAUCCAGAAACUCCUUCGCGUACUCCCACUGCUCUAAUUUAGGCAGAAUAUGUAGGCAAUACGCCUCCACGGCCUUUUGAUACCCGUCAUCCGCAUCCUUUUCGCUUACGACCGCAUAUUGUCGAGAGGCAAGCCAAUCCUCAAUUACAACGCGCCCAGAGUCCGCCGCGUCGACUUUGAGGCUUGAAUACGCCAACGUGAGAAUCACGCUUGAAGGGAUAUGAGACGCCUGUGCGGGCACAGCCGGUGGUGUGAAUAGCUUCAAGGACCUCUGGUAGGUGGAGUUGAUGUAGAUGUGCGGCGGCUGGGCCGCGAGUUGCCUCAGGUCGUGGGGGAGAUCCGACGCAGAGGGGUCUGGAGGGGAUGUGUACACGGUGGUUUCGAAGGUGAUGCGGAGUAGAUCCCAUUUACUCCGCAGGACCGCAAAUUCAUCUGGAUCCUGCAGCUGCUGAGGGGGGUGGAGCAGGACAAAGGCGGAUUCGAGCAGGGAGUGGACGAGAGAUACUUGUCGCAGCAGGAAUGCGCGUGCCGCACGGUGGUAGAGUGUCUGCAGGGUGACUUGGGCAGAGGACGCUGGGGCCUUGAGCUUGAGAGUCGAGGGAGCCUGAGCCGUGGCCGUCAUCGUGGCAGUCGGCAUUGUGAAGCCUCCGGCCUUACGCAGUCCAAAAAAGUCGACGGAUGCGGGACAGAAUGGGGAAGGCCAAGCUUGUGGUAUUUCACAUGGUAAUAAUUGACAUCACGCGUACACUUGUCUUAUGCCGCGACGAGCGCGUGUCCACUAUGUUUCCCUCAAGUCGUCCCUUGUCAACCUCCCCAUCUCGAUUUAUGGCCCUCUGGUAGAACGCAGCAUUCGUCCUCAACAUCUAGCGGUCCAUUUGACUGUAGUGUCGCAAGAGAAACUCCAAGUCUAUGUCGGAUGGACCGGAAUGGCUUCCGCGUCGUCGUUGGCGCAAUUCAACACGUCUGAUCCGUCUGAGAAGGGAUUAGAGACUGUGGAGAUUGACCCGCAGUAUGCGCUCGGCCUAGGGAUCAAGCAGAACGAUAUUGUCGAGAUCGGACUUGUGCACGACCUCUCGAUGGCCACCUCGGUUGCUACCGAGCCGCUCACCUCCGACGACUGGGAAAUCAUCGAAAUCCAUGCCUCCCACGUCGAGUCUACUCUUCUUUCGCAAGUGCGGGUAGCCAAAGUGGGCCAGGAAAUCGACGUGUGGGUUCUGGGCCGCACGAGAGUGCGUCUCAGAGUGGUAUCCAUCGUUCCGGAAUCUAAAGGCAAUGCACUGCUGUUGACCACGAAUACCGAGGUAUCGAUAGCUCCGAAACUGCACUCCAAAAAAGCAUCGGCGAACGGCACUCCGGUCCGAGAACCUGCUGCAACAAGCCAAAACGCGAAUGAAUCCAAGCCCAAUGCAGCUGCAGUCGUGGCGCCCCAGAUUCUCAGGGUUCUCGCACCUGGGCUGAUAAACGCGGCAAUUCCCGGUGCUGAGGAAUUCGGUCUCGUUUCGCCCGAGUCCUUUGCGAUUCUGCAUCCAACAGCGACUGACGAUGGAACGACCUAUUACAAGGCCCUACUCAAGCGGCUCUCUCCUCCGGUCGACCCACUGGCCGCGGAAGAGAAUCGUGAACUCGCAGCGGCGCCGGUGGACGUGUUCGUGCGCCCUGACAAGCAGGUGCCCCGUGGACAGAUCAUCUGCCGCGCUGCGCAAGAUUGCGGUCGGGUCUGUCUGUCUCGGCCUCCCGAGACCGAUACUAUGCAGUCGACCGAAGGGCCCGCAGAGCUGACGCGCGAUGCCCCCCCGAAAAUAUCUCUCGCGGGUGUGGACGAUGUUUUCCUGGAAUGCUCGCAAUUCUGCCGUCGGAUGCUUGCCAUGCAUUGGGGGACCGACGCUGUUCGAGGGACUCCGGGCCUGCUUCUCACGGGCAGCUCGGGUGUCGGUAAAACUUCCAUUGUCCAGAUGGUCACAGAAGAGCUGCAGAGCGAUCCAAGGACGCUGACAUACACGCUAUACGUGGACGUCUCGCGUCAUACAGAACGGUCUGUACAGACCAUCAAGGCACUCAUGAGCUUCUGGCUCAAGAAGGCCAUCUGGCAUAAACCGUCCAUCUUGGUUUUGGACAAUCUAGACAAGUUGAUUCCCAUCGAAACUGAAAACUCCUCGUUCCGGACUCGCCACCUCGCCGAGCUAUUUGUCGCCGUGUUUAGUGCUUCAGCCCGGUCGAUGCCGCUGAACUCUCAGGGCGUGAUCCUCCUCGCAACAGCGACUUCGGUGGCAGCACUCCAUCCACUUGUCAACGGCGCACACAUCUUUGAAGACGUCGUCAAUCUGAAGCCACCUAACAAAGCGGCACGCAAAGACAUCUUGGCGCACCUCGUGCAACAGCGGCUGGCAUCGGCACCGGAUCUCGCAAUCGACAGCGUCUCACCACCCAAUUACACAGCCAUCUCCACACAAACAGAAGGCUAUUCUGCUUCGGAUUUGCUGGAUCUUGUCUCUCGUGCAGUGCAUCAAGUGGCCAUCCGCUCCGCUCAGCAACCACUUUUGACAUCGAAAGACUUUGAUGCGGCGCAAAUCGACUUUACGCCACUGUCUCUCCGCAACUCAAAUCUACAAAAGUCGGACGUAACCUGGUCCGACAUCGGCGGUCUGAAUGAACCCCGGCGGGUGCUGCGCGAGACUCUCGAGUGGCCAACGAAAUAUGCGGCGAUAUUCGCCCAGUCGCCUCUGCGUUUGAGAUCGGGACUGCUGCUGUACGGCUAUCCCGGAUGCGGGAAGACGCUAUUGGCCUCUGCCGUCGCUCGGGAAUGUGGCCUCAACUUCAUCAGCGUCAAGGGCCCCGAGAUCCUCAACAAGUACAUCGGCGCCAGCGAACAAUCGGUGCGAGAGUUGUUCGAGCGUGCCUCGGCUGCGAAGCCGUGUGUGCUGUUCUUCGACGAGUUUGACUCGAUUGCGCCGAAGAGAGGCCACGACAGCACGGGUGUGACAGACCGUGUGGUAAAUCAGAUGUUGACACAGAUGGAUGGUGCCGAGGGCUUGGAUGGGGUUUACGUGCUUGCAGCCACCAGUCGACCUGACCUCAUCGACUCCGCUCUGCUGCGUCCUGGGCGACUCGACAAAGCUGUGCUCUGCGACAUGCCCAGCCUGGAAGACCGCAUCGACGCAAGUACAAACCUCAAAGUGACACUCUCACCGGCCGUGGACCUCAAAGAGAUCGCACUCGAAACCGACGGUUAUUCGGGUGCCGACCUGCAGGCUUUACUGUACAACGCCCACCUCGAAGUCGUGCACGCGUCGAUUGCCGACACGCCAGCCUCUGACCGCGGUCCAGCUGAAAACGAAGACGAAGAAAGCCGGGUGCUGUUCACUGUGAUCGGCGGACCGGGGCCGGAAACCACCACCAAGGCCGAGGAUGUGGCUCUCCAGCGCAGGCUCCGGCAAAUCAAACGCAGUUAUGCCAGUAAAGCACAGCCCGAGGAAAAGACAAAAGGCACAAAAUCGCAAUCUCGCCAGACUUUCGAGAUCGAGCCCUCGCAUAUAUCCCGUGCGCUCAAAUCGACUCGGCCCUCCGUAUCACCCGAAGAAGGAGCGCGCUUGAAGAGAAUAUACCAAUCGUUCGUGUCUGACCGCGGUGGAGACAUGCCAGUGCCCCCGGAAAACGAUGGAAUUGGAAAUCGAGUGUCGCUGAUGUAG